CCACCGCCGCGAUCCCGACGAGCCACCACCACCACCACCUCUCUCUCCUGUAAUCGAGUACCAACCUCUCCACCGCCACCACCCUCCACCACCAGCUCCGCCACCUCCUCCGUUCCACCACCACCACCACCGGAGCCCUAACUCCGCCUCACCACCUCCGAUCUCCUCUUCCUACUACCCUUCCGCACCGCACAUGCUCCUCGCUUUGUCCUCGGGCGGCGGCCUCUCCGUUCCACCGGAAAACACCGCCUUACCAGCCUCCAACCACCACCACCACCACCAUCUAAGUUCCCGAAAACGGUUCAGAACGAAGUUCACGCAGGAACAGAAGGAGAAGAUGCACGUGUUCGCGGAACGCGUGGGUUGGAAGAUUCAGAAGCGAGACGAAGAUCUUAUCCAGGAAUUUUGCCAUGAAGUCGGUGUUGAUCGUGGCGUUCUCAAAGUUUGGAUGCACAAUAACAAGAACACGUUUGGAAAAAGAGAAAGAGAACAAGGUAAUACUAAGAAUGUUCUAGAAGGUCCUGGAAUCAACGGUGCUGAUGACGACAACAACAACAAUAACAAGAGCAAUGGUUUGAACGGUGGGAUGAUGAUGAUGAUGAACGGUGGUGAUGGUAGCGGUCAUGAUGAUGAUGGUAGCGCUGAUGCAAACGGUGCCGGUACUAAUGGCUCUUCUUCUUCUUCUUGAACUCUCUUUUUCUUUUUUCUUUCGUUUUUAGGGUGAAAAAAAAAAGAAACAAAACGAGAAUAAUAAUGUGUUUAGAUAUGAGGGUAAUUAAUUAAGAGGUGGUACUAGUUAUAAUUAUUAAUUAGCAGUGCUUUUUUUUGUUACUUUCUAAUUUUCCCUCUUUUUUUUUUAAUUUUUAUUGCUUUAGUUUCUGUUAAUGAGAAGAGAUGAUGAUCACUUUCUUUUAUUAAUUAACAUCUGAGAGGUAUUGACUU